AUGAAGAGUAGCUUAAAGUAUUUGGUUGGUAUGAUAAUUGGUGCAGGAGGAAUGUACCUUUACACCAACACUAAACAACCUUCAAAUAUCAUUGGUGGUUAUGCACCUCUCCACAGAAUUCAUAACCACAUUUGUGGUGUUCAUGGCUAUGCUCAUGAUAUGAAAAGAAGUAUUACAGCUCAUCAUUAUUGCUCUCAUAUCCGACCAGAUUUUCAUCAAUGUGUUAUUUAUGAUAGUGAUAGUCCUGAUGCCAAACUAAUCGGAAUCGAAUACAUUAUCACUGAGGAAACGUAUAAUACAUUGGAUCCAGAAGAGCAAAAACUUUGGCAUUCUCACCAAUAUGAAGUUAAAGGUGGAUUGAUUACGUGCCCUCAUAUUCCUCAACUUGUUGAACAUCAAAUUAUGAAACAUAUAAUUAAGACAUAUGGUAAAACAUUCCACACUUGGCAAGUUGACACUCAACCUGAUUUACCUUUGGGAAUCCCUCAAUUAAUGAUGGCCUACACAAGAGAGGAGAAUAUGCCAGAAGCACAUGUCAGAAAAAUGUUUCUUAAUAUGGAUAGAUUGAGAGAUGACAUUAUCAAAGAUAGAAUCUACAUUGAAGGAAGUGAGAAAGGCAUUCACCCAAAUGCUGACUCCUGGGAGAAGGGAAAUACCGAAUUAUUAUUGAAACUUGUUGAUUUCAAUUCCAACUCCGUUUCAGCAAAUAAUAAUUCAGAAAUGAAACCAACAAUUCCAAAAGAUGUUGUCUUUGAUUUGAAAAAGGAAUAA